AUAACUUAUUAGGUGCUUCCUGUCACACAGGCACAGAAGACACGUGCAUGUCAGCACGUCAGCUGGCUGUCAACUGUAGGUUUUGCGGUGUCUUAACAUGUAAGGCAGUCAGUCUUUGUUACUUCUUGCUCUUUGUUGCAUUGAGCCGACGCAAAUGUAACAGGUGCACUGCGUGUUGCAUUUUGACUGAGAUGCAGCUGAGUGAAUAUAGGCUGAGGGAACGUCGACACUCACAAAACUGUUGUUGCUGGUUGCAGGGCCCUGUGGAGCAGAAGAGCUGUGCCAAUUCCCCCCUUUUGUCCUCUCAUGCCCCCUCCCUGUGUGUUCCCCUGUGUGUAAGUGAACCCACACCCCCGCCCACCCCCCACCUGAUCCCUCCUGUCGUGUCGCCGCUCCAGCCCGAAGCCCCCCUCUCACCCCAUGCUUGGGACAAAGCCAGCUCACUGCCAGCCCAAUGACUGCCUGGAUCGUCCUGCCUGUCAGCUUGUCUGCCUUCUCCAUCACAGGAAUAUGGAUAGUGUAUGCCAUGGCUGUGAUGAAUCACCAUGUUUGUCCUGUGGAAAACUGGUCUUACAAUGUAACAUGCACAGAGGAGCUGCCCCGGCCAGGCUUCCCCAAGACAUGCUGCACCAUCCAGGACAUCCCCCUCAUCAGUAAAUGUGGCUCCUUCCCUCCUGAAAGCUGCCUGUUCAGUCUGAUUGGCAACGUUGGCGCUUUCAUGGUGGUGAUGGUGUGCCUUCUGCGCUAUGCCCAGGUGAUUGAGCACAGCCACCGGUGCUGGGUCAACACCAGUGCCUUGGUGUCCGGCUGCACCAACGCUGUGGGUCUGGUCAUGGUGGGCAACUUCCAGGUUGAUCAUGCCAAAUCUCUACACUAUGUGGGUGCUGGGGUGGCAUUUCCAGCAGGGCUGUUGUUUGUGUGCCUGCAGUGUGUGCUCACCUACCGGGUAGCUGUAACAGCCCUUGACUACUGGAUGGCCCAUUUCCGGGUGGCGCUGGCACUGGGAGCUAUGGUCUCCCUCGUCCUCAGUGGCAUCUUUUUCAUCCAUGAGAGCUUCAUCCUACAGCACGCUGCAGCCAUCUGCGAGUGGGUCUUCACCGUGGACAUCCUGGUCUUCUACGGCACCUUCACCUACGAGUUUGGUACCGUCACCAGCGAGACCAUGAUGGCAGGCCUGCAGCAGAGUCACCACCACGGCUCAGGUGUUAUCAUGGGCCCCAGGGCCCGGGGCUCGACGCUAGGCGGGGCGACUAAGGGCCUCAAGUCCCCCGGGGGAAGCAGCACAUCCACACAUCUCAACUGUACCCCAGAGAGCAUAGCCAUGUUGUAGCUCUGCAUCACAGCCCAGUGUCACUGCAGAGGUGCUUCAUGGGCUCCCACAGGAAGGCAAUACAGACGCAGCAUGUGGAAGAAGAGAGGAAGUUCUGAUAUCUUUAACCACUGAACCAACACCAGGUUAUCCCAUCUGUAAUACUAUACUAUACUAUUUUUGUUUUUUCUUUUUCCCAACAUUGGUGCGAGCCCCUGCAGUCAGAUGUCCUGUUACAUUCUCUGUGGCGAUAUUGAAAGGAGGGUUGAAUGUGUGGAGCCAGUUUGUACCGGAACCAUGAAUGUUUUCUACGACAGCUGUUUAUAUUGGGCAGUUCCUCACCAGAGGAGGUUGUUUUCUAAAUGGGAGGUUUGUUUGUUUGUUUUGUUUUAUUUUAUCACUGGUGUCAUGGUGGAAAAGUAAGUAAGUUACUUUACUACCCACAAGGUCUCCUCCCCCUCCCUUCCCUUACACUCCUUCAUUAACUACCCAAUGCUUUUUUGUGGCCCACCUGUUUUGGCCUUUUGCUUAUUUCUGUACGGCACACUUUUUGAAUGAGAGAAUAACAAUUUUGCGUUUGCGUAGUAAGUAGAAAAUACUGAAUGUCUGAGAAGUGAAUAGUUAACAGUUAUGUAUGUUUUACAGGCUAUAAGCAUAUGGCCUUUUUUCAAUCAAUCAAGAUCUGUAAAAUGAUUUGGCAAAAAAUCAUUCACUUCACCUGACUCUUUGAUUUGGUUGCACAGAUGAUUUGAAUGCAAAUUAUGAUGGUAUUUUUGAAAUUAUUUUACAUAUGUAUAUGUGUAUUUUGAACCACUAUCAUUCUUGAGGUUAUAACCCAUUUCAGUGACAUGUGAGUGCAGGACUGCUGAAAAAAACAACAAACCUGUAGGUCUGCUCUGUUGUUAUGACUAGGACUGUGUGCAUCUCAAUCACUUUUAGCUGAGAAUCUCUGAAGUCAUCUCUCCUGACCUCAUUCCAUUAUUGUCCCACAAGUUUCAUGAUCUGAUGAUUUCUUUGUAACACUGACUUUCAUGCUACCUUUUAUUUCAUACAAUGUCAUGUCCGGUGCAAUAAUCGCCAUCAAUCAUCUAAUUAUUUAAACUCCACUGGAGUGAAUAUUGCCUUUUUCAGUGUGUUGGAGUUGAACACAGGGCUCUUUUUGUUUUUUUUUUUUUUGUUUUUUUUAAAGCGACACCAAGACAUUUGAAGUGACCUACAUUUUAGAGUACAAUUCUAAACCGACUAACACAUUUACAGAAUAACAUAGUUCUUGUCCACACACUGAUCUGAUUCCAGGCUGGACCCUUGGAAGCCUUAUUUGAGUUUUGAGUAUAGGUUUUCUGUUAAAUAUGAAGUGAUGUGAAGCCUUCUCCGUAGUUACAGAGGUUUUGUUAACUGAGAGGUGAAUAUGAUGCUUGUAGACCUUGUGCCAUAAACCUCAUGGCGUCACAAUGGUGUCAAUACAGUGUUACAACCAGACAAUACCAUACAGGUUGUAGACUGUCGUGAAAGUGUGUCAUAUGUUGAGGUUUUUGUAUAAUUUCCUGUUGCCAGUUUCUCUUGAAGUGAAAAUUCCAAUUGUGAAUUAGCUUUAAUACCAGACUGCCACCAACGACCACUGCUCAAACUAAAGCUGACGAAUGCCACCCAAUUUAGGUUAUACCCAGAUUAAGUUUUUGUUUAAGUGAGUGAGCUAUUUCUCUGUAAGCCGUUUGAGAAGUAUGUUCCACAAACACACAGAUACACACAGUAUUCUGCCCUCUGCGUAGUGUUGAUACAUUGUAAACCGUCUAACCACUGGAUGCCAGCAAUACACAUUUUUAAAAGGUCACAUCACCUACCUCUUUUAUCUUUUGUGGGUUUGAUGUUGUUUAAAGGUGACAGCUAGAGUUCAAACACGUUCUCCAUCUCACAGUUGUUUGAGGUUGAGAAAAGUAUUUAAUACCAUGGUGGCUCAGCAAUCCACUCAGAUCUGUCUGAAUAAGUGUCAGCACAGUGGAUCUGCUGUGACACAAGACGCAUGAUCAUGUGUCAGGUCAGUUUUUUUUUUUUUUUUUUUUUUUUAACUUUUCGUGCAAAACAUUCAACUUCCCAUUCUUUCUGGGACUGCAGCAAUCCUGUCUGCAAUCUUGCCAAAAAAGACUGGAAUCCUCUGGAGUUUUGAUUGGUUUUCUGUGUGUUGGCAGUAGGUGUAUGAAUCCGUAUGAGUGCACUUUUUUAGCCUUAUCCCUCGUACUGUGCCAGAGGAACAUGUUCACAUCUUGUUGUUUUGUGUUCAGCUGUAGCCUGUUUCACCAAACUGUAACCAAGUCACGGGGUGUGACUACAAAUGGCAGCUUGUAUGAGCCCUCACAUCAGGGCUGGAUUUCAUCUAACACCAUCUUCCACAGGCCCAAAGUUAAAGGUGGAUUUUACAGCCUUGUCAAAAUGUGCACUUCAGUAAGCUUUCAUGUUAUUUUUGUUCAUGGGAGAUUCCUGUAUUACUAAAGGCUGCCUGACCUGUACAUGUGUUGAACUCUACCAAUGGCAAAACAGAAACUAUAAAAAUGUAUUGUCUUAUUUUCUCGAUUUGAAAAAAAUAUGUAAAAGAAUGGUAACGGAGGAGUCAGAUAAAUCCCUGAAAACAAGUCAACACAGACUAUUUUGUUUCCUUUUUAUAAAUUCUGUAAAUAUUUAAUGAUUUGUCUAUCAUUUAGGUAUUUUCAUUUGACAGAGAUUUAUAUUCAAAUAUGAAAUAAAAAUGAUAAAUUAUUAGCAGUUGGUUUGCAUGGGUUGUUCUUUCAAUAUGGAAAAUUGCUUUUGUUUCUUUAUAAACAGCAAAAUUAUGACAUUGCUGCUAAAAACAAAAGAGCAAACUUACAUCAUAGUUAGACAGUACUUAUUGUAACAGUGUAAGUAUUAGCAACAUCCUUAAACUAUGGUUAAUAGAGUCUUUGGGUGUUUUAAUACGGAUGUAAAAAAGAAGGUUAUUUAUUUGCGAGCAGAAAUAGAAACAACUUUUGGCAGAGCAGAUGACAUAAAGAAGAGCUAACUUGCAUACAUGCAUACUGCUGGUUAAAAAUCACACUGAGGCUGAGAAGUGUCAGAGCAGAGUUACAGGUCCAAUAGUAUGUGUUACUACAUGUGCGCCAACAGCAAACGUGGGCUUAUUUCCAGAUGGUGGGAAGUCUGUUUGAAUAAGGGGGUUGCCAUGUGAUGAAGAAGCAUCAAAACCCAUUCAGUCUAUACAGGUUGUGUUAUUCAUUGUCCGUGUGUGUAGGCCAGAAGAGAGGCAAUGCUCCCUAAACAACACAAUGUUUUUUU